CAUUUUCCACUCAACCAAAUCCCAAUUUUAGCAAUCUUCUAAGAAGUUUAUUCAAUCCCUCAACUCUCUCUCUCCACCAAAGCCCCUUAAUUAGAAAACUAUGCAAACCUUUGAACCCAAUUUCAGUUUUUGCACCUCAAACACCUUAAAAGCCUCAAUGUCAUCACAACCAAUGCUAAGUUCAAUUUCACAAAACAUGAGCUCUGAUAUUAGUGUCAAUGAUUACUUGCUACCCCAAGAAGUUCAAGUUCCCAUCGGCAACAAUAACAUACCAAUGAACCAUACCCACCUUCAAAUGCCUCAAAUCACCUCUUUCUCCAAGCCUCCAAGGUCAUCAAAUCUUAGCAACCGCAAACCCUCCUUAAACAUCACAAUCCCUUCCAUAACCUCCGGUCUCAAAACAGCCAUGUCACAACAGGUGCAAACAACAACCAUCUACAAUAACAACCAAAGUUCUUCUUCUUCUUCCUCAGAUAAUGACAACAACAAAGAGGAGAAGCAUUAUAGAGGGGUUAGAAGGAGACCAUGGGGAAAGUUUGCCGCAGAGAUACGUGAUCCCAAUAGAAAAGGUUCAAGGGUAUGGCUUGGAACCUUUGACACAGCCAUAGAAGCUGCUAAGGCUUAUGACAAAGCUGCUUUCAAGAUGAGAGGUAGCAAAGCUAUUUUGAACUUCCCUUUGGAGGUUGGAGAGUCUUCAGAACCAAUUUCAAGUUGCAUCAAGGUUGGUGAAAAGAGAGGAAGAGAAGAAGACAGUGAAGGGAAAAGCAACUAUGUGGAGUAUAAUAACAAUAACAAUAACCAUAAUAAUAAGCAUGUGAAGAAAGAAGAGUGUUGCCCAAGUCCCAAAGGGGUGUGUCCUUUGACUCCCUCAUGUUGGAAAGGCUUUUGGGACACUGAUGUUAUGGGAACCAUCUUUAGUGUGCCUCCUUUGUCACCCUUGUCUCCUCUAAUGGUUGUUUGAUAUUAUGGCCAAAAACUCUUUCAAUCAUGUUGAGGUCUUAACUCCAUAGCAGAUGGAGAAAAAGAUUAAGGAGAGAGAUGAUGCUGGUGAUUAUCCUCUCUCAUGUUGGUUGGUUUGUCUCAAUCAAAUGCUAGUAGUAUUACUUUAUUUUGUGGGUGAUGAUGAUAGAUGCGGGUUUGUUUAAUGUAAAUAUAGGGAAGAUAAAAAGUUUUCUCUUAUUUUUGUGUUCAUUUGGUUAAAGAAUGUACUACUUGAAUCAAUAUUAAAAUUUAUUUAUUCGUUUAUUGGAGAAAAUUGAUGGGUUGUUCAUUAUUUGUUGGAUUUAAGGCUUGUGUAAUUUAUAAAAUGUUUUCUGUUUUUUUAAUUUUAAAGA